AUGUCCAAAACACCACUUUGUAGAUCAACUGCUUAUUUGUCCGGUGUCAAGGAUGAAGUAAAUGAACUUAAUAGACAGCUUUCUUACCUUAAAGACGACAUUUCUAGUUUACAAGACAUAAAAACAAAAUUAUUGUUAAUUCAAAGGAAUCAAAGGGAAGACAAUAAACUUAUUGAGCACAAUUUCAAGUCCAAUGAAAUUAAUCAAACACUAAUGAAAACUGAAUUAUCAUCAGAAAUUAACGACUUAAAAGAAUCUUUAAAUGAUGGGAAAAAGAUGUGGGAAACGACAUAUACUGCAUUACUAUCAAGACUCGAAGCUCAGUUUGAAUCUAUUAAACAUGAAUGUAGUGAAUUCGAGGAAAAAAUUAUCUCUAAACAAAAUAGUUUGAAAAGUAACGUUGAAAUCCAUUGGACAGAAUUUCUUAAGCAGUUGGAUGAUAGCAAGGAAUUUUCUCAGAACAUUUUUCACAGUCUACUCAAAUUUAUUAUUAAUACUAAGAAUGAAAUCGAUGAACGUCAAAAAAAGCAAGAGGACCUAAUUUUUAAAAAAAUCACUAAUCUUGAAGCGGAAAUUCUCAAAAUAAAUGAAAGUACAAGAAAAAAGUUUCAUCAGCAAGAAGAAGAAAUCAAAAACAAUAAUACAAAAUUCACUCAACAGAUUAUGAAUUUAAAAACACAAACUAAUACUGAUUUGGAAAAAAAUGACAAAGAUUUACGUCAAUUAAUUGAGGAGAAAUGCAUCGAUAUUAAGGCAGAGCAGAAAAUGCAAAAAGAAUCAGUUAAAAACUAUUAUGAUUCCUUUCAUGAAACAUUUUCUAAAAAACAAGAUAAUCUACAAAAGGAUGUUAAUAAUAAACUAUUAAUAGUUGAAAAUAUUCACGAAAAUCAAGAAACAUUAUCCCAAAAAAAUAUCCAUUUAGAAGAUAAAUUAGAAAAUACUUUCCAAAAAUAUGAUGAUAAAUUGAAUACUAAAGUUUCCAUGUUAGUCAAAUUAUUCAAUGAAAAAUAUGGAACUCUCAAGGAUUAUCAGAAAGCUUAUGAAAGAACAUUUACAAGUCUCUGUAAUUCUCUUAUAGAGGUACAAAUUCUUCGUGUAGAAGAAAAUCAGGGCAAUAAUUUUAAAGAAGUAAUAACGAAUGCGGAAAAUCAAAAAUCCAUCUUCGAUGAACAAAUUUCAAGUGUAAAUGCUGAUUUAAAAAAAAUUCAGAACGAAAAUGAAUUUUGUUUAAAACUACUAGAUACGAACAAUUUUAAAGAAGAAUUUAAAAUGUUGUCCAAGGAGAAUAAGAUGAUAAAGGAUGAAAAACAAUUUAUCAUUAAACUAUUGGAGGAUCAAAUUUCAACAAUUAACAGUUCUUUAGUAAAAAUUGAGGAAAAAAUAUACAAUUGUCAACAGCAAUACGAAAGUCUUAGAGAAUAG